GAAGUGACGUUUUCAUGUUAUCUCGUCCACGUAGCUAGUAGAGCGUCGAUGUAGAGGUUCCCAGAGCCGUCAAAUAACACUUUGCUGAGUGUCCUCAUUGACUAAGCAACGAACACACGAGUAAGAUGGAUCAGAUCCUGAGGUACACAGACCCCAGUCGCAAAUUUGCAAAAGACAGCAUCAGAUUGGUUAAGAGAUGUACGAAGCCAGAUAGGAAAGAAUUUCAGAAAAUUGCUCUCGCCACUGCCAUCGGCUUCUGCAUAAUGGGAUUCAUUGGAUUUUUCGUCAAACUUAUCCACAUUCCUAUCAACAAUAUCAUUGUGGGUUCAUAAAAUGCUGUUUCAACAUCUGAUAAAUUAUAUUUAUUGUCAAGAGAAUAUUUUCAAUUACUUCCCUUCGAUUCGUCGCUUAAAACUCGAUUAUACUCGGAGUUUUUAAUUACACCGUGGAAGAAUAUGUGGAAACACAAUUAAUAAAGUAUGACUGAGAUGGAUGAGAGAUUAUAUGUGAGUACCGAUUGAUGAAUUUUGUAAUAAACAAAUGGUAAUUCCGA